AUGGAGGAAAGGGGUUGGGAAACAAAAGCCCCCCGGUGCUCCAUGCCAGCUGAGCUCCAUCACCCCUUUUCCAAGUUCUCAGACUGGAAGUUCAAGCUGUUCCGGGUCAGAUCUAUGGAGACGGCCCCACUGCACGGGGAGAUGCAGACUGAAAGAGCCCCAUUGUCUGAGGUUGUGGCCUCUGCUUCCCUGGGGGAGACAAUGGGAGACGUGAUGAGUCUCCCAGGGAGUGUGAUGAAGUUGUGCCUGGGGGGUAAAAGCAAGGAGAACGUGGAGGGGCCGGGUAGGAGAGUGGACCUGAAACUGCAGGAGAUGGACACACACAUGAACUACCUCAGGUGUUUAUGCCGUCUUUGUGGCGGGGCCCUGCGAAAAGCCAAAGGUCCAGAACAUGAAGUCCAGGGGCUUCUGGAUGAAGCCAGCAGGUGUGCCCUGCGCAGAAUGGGCUGCAAGGCCUCCAGCUGGCCAGAGGUCAUCCUCAAGGUCUUCAAAGUGGACGUGGCAGGGGACAUGGAGACUGUUCACCCUCCAUCCUUCUGCCAGCGCUGCUGGACUUUGGCCAUGCGAGGAGGGGGCUUCUGUAGCUUCUCCAGGACCCAUGUUCCUGAAUGGAAACCCCACACCACACUCUGUUCCCUCUGCUACCCCAAGAAACGCUCGCUACAGCGAAAAGGGAGAAAGAGGAGGAAGAUCCCUCGUGGAGCCCAACGCUUGGCCAAGAGGUCCAAAUGGGAGCCCCAGGAAAAUGUUGCCACUGCUGGGGAGAAAAGAGCCUGGAGAUCUGGAUCAGAGCACCACUAUGGACCUGGCCAUAGAACCUGGGUGAGACCCAGCAUCCAGAGGGCUCGGUGGGUGAAGAGCAUCACCCUCUGCCAGAACGAGCACCUGAGCGCCAGGCUGCUGUCGGAGGACCUCCCUGUGGACUUUCUGAGCUCAGUCACCUGUCAGGUGUGUGACCACCUGUUGUCUGAGCCUGUCCAAUCUCCCUGCAGACACCUCUUCUGCCGCAGCUGCAUUGCUAAAUACAUAUGCUCUCUUGGCCCCCACUGCCCAUCUUGCACUCUGCCCUGCACACUUGCUGACCUCACAGUCCCAGCUAAGACCUUCCUCGGGGUGCUGCACUCCCUCCUACUCUUCUGCCCCAGAGAGAGCUGUGCAGAACGGGUACGGCUUGACUCCUUCAGGGCGCAUUGCCUGGGCCACCAGCUGGAGGAAGAGGCAGGAGGCGACAGAUCACCAGAGAAGAGCUUGGACAACUUCCUGCCUGUCAAUAAAGGAGGAAGGCCCAGGCAGCAUCUUUUAUCACUGACGAGGCGCGCCCAGAAGCACCGUUUGAGGGACUUGAAGACCCAAGUAAAGGUGUUUGCAGAAAAGGAGGAAGGUGGAGACACCAAGUCCGUGUGUCUGACUCUUUUCUUGCUAGCUUUGAGGGCUGGUAAUGAACACAGGCAGGCAGACGAACUGGAAGCCAUGAUGCAAGGCAGAGGUAUUGGCCUUCACCCUGCUGUGUGUCUGGCCAUUCGAGUCAACACAUUCCUGAGCUGCAGCCAAUACCACAAGAUGUAUCGCACCGUCAAGGCAACAAGUGGCCGCCAAAUCUUCCAGCCCCUGCACACUUUGCGCGCCGCAGAGAAGGAGCUACUACCAGGCUACCACCCUUUUGAGUGGCAGCCGGCCCUGAAGAAUGUAUCCACGUCCUGCCAUGUGGGGAUCAUCAACGGGCUAUCAGGGUGGGCCACUUCAGUGGAUGACGCGCCUGCGGACACCAUCACUCGUCGGUUCCGCUAUGAUGUGGCCCUGGUGUCGGCCUUAAAGGACCUUGAGGAGGAUAUUAUGGAGGGGCUGAGGGAGCGAGGCCUGGAGGACAGUGUCUGUACCGCAGGCUUCAGUGUGGUGAUUAAGGAGUCCUGCGACGGCAUGGGGGACGUGAGCGAGAAGCAUGGUGGAGGCCCGGCCAUCCCGGAAAAAGCAGUGCGUUUCUCCUUCACCAUCAUGUCCGUCUCCCUCCAGGCGGAGGGAGAGGACGAGGCUGUCAACAUCUUCCAGGAGUCCAAGCCGAACUCAGAGAUGUCCUGCAAGCCUCUCUGCCUGAUGUUUGUUGAUGAGUCAGAUCACGAAACGCUGACAGCUGUCUUGGGGCCCGUAGUGGCUGAAAGGAACGCCAUGAAGAACAGUCGUCUUAUCUUGUCCCUGGGUGGACUUUCUCGCUCCUUCCGCUUCCACUUCCGAGGCACGGGCUAUGAUGAGAAGAUGGUGCGAGAGAUGGAAGGUUUGGAGGCCUCUGGCUCCACGUACAUCUGCACCCUGUGCGACUCCACUCGGGCUGAAGCCUCUCACAACAUGACUCUCCACUCUGUCACCCGCAACCACGACGAGAACCUGGAGCGCUAUGAACUCUGGAGAACCAACCCUUAUUCUGAGUCUGUUGAGGAGCUGCGAGACCGGGUGAAGGGCGUCUCAGCCAAACCUUUCAUGGAGAUCCAGCCCACCCUGGACGCGCUGCACUGCGACAUAGGCAAUGCCACUGAGUUCUACAAGAUCUUCCAGGAUGAGAUAGGGGAGAUCUACGACAAUCCCAACCCCAGCAGGGAGCAGCGUCGGAGUUGGCGGGCUGCACUCGACAAGCAGCUAAGACAGAAGAUGAAGCUGAAGCCAGUGAUGAGGAUGAAUGGAAAUUAUGCAAGGAGGCUGAUGACCCGAGAGGCUGUGGAAGCGGUGUGUGAGCUGGUGCGUUCAGAGGAGCGUCAGGAGGCCCUGAGGGAACUGAUGGGGCUCUACCUCAAGAUGAAGCCUGUGUGGCGCUCCACAUGCCCGGCCAAGGAGUGCCCAGACCAACUCUGCCAGUAUAGCUUCAACUCCCAGCGCUUCGCAGAGCUGCUUUCCACAGUCUUUAAGUACAGGUAUGAUGGGAAGAUCACCAACUACCUGCACAAGACCUUGGCCCAUGUGCCAGAGAUUGUGGAGAGGGAUGGCUCCAUCGGGGCCUGGGCUAGUGAGGGAAAUGAGUCUGGGAAUAAGCUGUUUAGACGGUUCAGGAAGAUGAACGCCCGCCAGUCCAAGGCCUUUGAGCUGGAGGAUGUACUGAAGCACCAUUGGCUGUACACAUCCAAGUACCUGCAGAAGUUCAUGGAGGCUCACAAGAACUCUGCCAAGGCCCUGCAGGCAACUAUUGAUCCUGAUGAGAUUCAGGAGUCACAGGAGGAUGCUGACAUCUCACUGGAUAUGCCAGACUUUUAAAAAUCUUGUUUUCUUUUGUCAGUUCUCAAGGACCUUAUAGACUCUAGCAGGAAUGUAGCAGCUGAAAUGCAGCCGCAUUUCUGAUUUUGAUCUUUACUAUCCUGUCAUUUUUUUACACAUUUUCAAAAUCUAAAGACUCAUUUUCAUUAAUCAUCAUAAUCCGAAAGUGUUUAGCAAUUUUCUUUGAUAAAUUAUUUACUUACAGGGCAUUUCUAUAUUCAA